CGCCCCAGCACCGGCUUGGAGAACGCGCUCCCAGCGCCCUCGGGCCUGACUUCCGGUUUGCUCGCGCGACUGAGACGUCGAACCGCGGGCCCAAGGAGGCGUCGUUUCUGCCCGUGCGCCGCUGGCCCUCCCACCCAGCCCCUCGCGGCGCUCCCCCGGCGCGUUGCGGCCCUUGCGGGCGGCGACGAGGCCGGGUGACCGGCCUUCUCCGGCGGCGGCUCGGCCCUCCUUCCAGGGCCUCCGGGGCCGCAGCUGACCGGCCAGCCGGGCCGGCCCUGACGCCGCCGAGGCGGGGGAAAUGGGCGUCUCUCCGCGGCGUUCCCGCAGCGGCUGCCUUCGCCGGCGAAGCGGCGCUGUCUUCGAGGAAACCGGAAGCCCGCGGUGACCCCUGGCGACCCGGUUUGUUUUCGCUCCGUUUCCAAACACUGGGGAAUCGAAACUCGGCGGCCCUGGCGGCAGCCCCGCGGAGCCUGUGUUCGGGGUGAGUGACCCGCUUUGGCUGCGCCGGGGGCGCGGGCAGUGCCGGGACCACCCUUCGCCGCCGUCCUCGCUGUCAUGGAUGCACUGGUAGAAGAUGAUAUCUGCAUUCUGAAUCAUGAAAAAGCCCAUAGGAGAGAUACUGUGAUGCCAGUCUCAAUAUAUUCAGGAGAUGAAUCUGUUGCUUCACAUUUUGCCCUUGUCACUGCAUAUGAAGACAUCAAAAAACGACUUAAGGAUUCAGAGAAAGAGAACUCUUUCUUAAAAAAAAGAAUAAGAAUUUUGGAAGAAAAGUUUAUAGGAGCUCGAAAGGAUGAAGAAACAAGUUCUGUGGGACGAGAACAAGUAAAUAAGGCCUAUCAUGCGUAUCGAGAGGUUUGCAUUGAUAGAGAUAAUUUGAAGACCAAAUUGGAUAAAAUGAAUAAAGACAACUCUGAAUCUUUGAAAGUGUUGAAUGAACAGCUACAAUCUAAAGAAGUAGAACUCCUCCAGCUGAGAACAGAGGUGGAAACUCAGCAGGUGAUAAGAAAUUUAAAUCCACCUUCAUCAAACUGGGAGGUGGAAAAGUUGAGCUGUGACCUGAAGAUCCAUGGUUUGGAGCAAGAACUGGAACUGAUGAGGAAAGAAUGUAGAGAUCUCAAAAUAGAGCUACAAAAAGCCAAACAAAUGGAUCCAUCUCAGGAAGACAAUCUGAAGAGCAGAGAUCUGCAGAGACUAAGCAUUUCAAGUGAUAACAUGCAAAGUACAUACUGGGAACUGAAGAGAGAAAUGUCUAAUUUACAUCUGGUGACUCAAGUACAAGCUGAACUACUAAGAAAGCUGAAAACCUCAACUGCAAUCAAGAAAGCUUGCUCCCCAGCAGGAUGCGGGGAAGACCUGGGGAAAGACAGCACAAAACUGCACUUGACGAAUUUUACUGCAACGUACAAAAGACACAUGCCUCUCUCACCAAACGGCAAAACUCUUUGUCAUGCCACGUCUUCCCCUUUACCAGGAGAUGCAAAGGUUUUAUCAGAGAGAGCGGUUCUCCAGUCGUGGACAGAUCACGAACAAGCCAUUGCUCACGAUGGCACAGACUUUCAGGAGCACAACUCUUACGGCAGAAAUUCUCUGGAAGAUAAUUCGUGGGUGUUUCCAAGCCCUCCUAAAUCAAGUGAGACAGCAUUUGGGGAAACUAAGAAUAAACCUUUGCCUUCACCUAACCUGCCACCCCUGCAUUACUUGGAUCAGUAUAAUCAGAACUGCCAUUAUAAACACUGAUGCUGAAGAGAUUCAUGAUGUUCUCACCAGGUUGCCGUGUCUCCCUCAGUGGUUUUCUUGGGAAAUCAUCAACAAACUGAAAACAGAUUUUGAUUAAACUUUUGCAGAGUUCUUCAGUAUUUACAUUUGCACAUAAUGUACCAUAUUACGUAGUUGAUUUUUCAGUAUGAAAGAACACCCCCCCUCUCCAUAUUGUGGCUGAGAAUGAGAUAUGUGUUGCUAGUUAAUAAUAAACCUAAGGUGUUUCAAAAUGACAACUC